CAUAUAUUGCUCUGGUAACCAACGCAAAACCCUAAUACACUACUCCACCUUAGAUUUGCCCUUUCAAUAGACAUGGCUACCAAGCAGCCAAAUACAGGCCUCUUUGUAGGACUGAACAAGGGUCAUGUUGUAACCAAGAAGGAGUUGGCUCCACGUCCAUCUAAUAGAAAAGGAAAAACUAGCAAGAGAGUCCAUUUUGUGAGGAACUUGAUCAGGGAAGUUGCUGGUUUUGCACCAUUUGAAAAGAGGAUCACUGAGCUUUUGAAAGUUGGUAAGGACAAGCGAGCUCUCAAGGUAGCUAAAAGAAAGCUGGGAACUCACAAAAGGGCAAAGAAGAAGCGAGAGGAGAUGUCCAGUGUUCUCCGCAAGAUGAGGGCUCAUCCUGGAGGUGGUGAAAAGAAGAAGUGAAGCAUAUGUUGUUGAUUUGCUCUAUUUUGCUACUAGCUUGAAUGUCUCAUUUUGGAGGUUUUAGAGAAGUUUGUUUAGCUCAAAGUUUAAUAUUUUGUUUUGAGAAUGAAAUUCAUGAACUGGAACUUGUUUUUACUUGGAAUUAGAAAUAUGAAAUAGUUGAUCAAUUGUUUUGCUUAAA